AAAUUGUUAAGAUAAUAACAAAUACAUUCCAAUAAAAACGAAUAUAUAAUAUAUCUCGAGAAAAAACUGUGGUUGUUUGUAGUAGAAGGAGAGAUAGUCGUCAUCAUCAACAUGCCACCAACAAAGGAAAUCAAUUACAAAUCUAUUUGGUCGAUUGAACCGGCUGCCUCCUCGUCGUCCCGGCCUCCCAAUCCUAAUACACAAUGCUCGCAAAGAAAUACCAAAGAGGCAUAUUUAGAAGCUGUACGCAUAAUUUUGUUACUUUUAGAUAACAUAAUUAAUCAUCCGAAUGAAAAUAAAUAUCGUACCAUACGAAUCGAAAAUAAAACAAUUAAGGAAAAAUUAUUAACACUGGAGGGUUGUGUUGAGCUCUUAACGUCCAUUGGAUUUCAGCGAAGCGAUGAUCAGUAUACAUUACCCAAUGAUAGUUCACUCGAACUCAUCCGAUCGUAUCGUGAUGCGUUGAGCAAACGUAGAGAGUUUUGGAUGAAUAGAAAAGAAGAUGAUGCUCUCCAAGCCAUACCGACAAAUUUGAGUAAUAUUAACCCAGCAACAUCUUUAUCCGCACCCAUACAAGCUUCCAAACCCUACAGACAACGAAUAAGCUUUCCUCGCUUUUUGCGCACUUCCAACCAAUUCUUGGCUUCCUUGGAACAAUAUUCGGAUGCUGUAAUGCAAUAUGAAGAUGAGCAAUUAUUGGCUGCUGGUCGUCAGCUAAUACCUAUUGAUGAAUUGACACAAAGGGCUAGUGAAAACUACUUACGAAUUCAAGAGGAAUCGUCCAAGGCUGUGGAAGAGGGAAAACCUGCUCCCAAGGAACCCGGUAUACGUGAUUUAAUUUUAGUUGAGUUGGUGGCAUGGUUUAAAAACGACUUUUUUGAAUGGGUCAAUUGUUUGCCAUGCAAAGUUUGUGGCAGUGAGGAGAGUAAAUUAAGUCGUACCGUACAGGAAGGUGAUGUUCGGGUCGAAGUUGGUAUAUGUUGUGGUCAAGAGACGAAAUUCCAUCGUUACAAUGACAUCGCCGAGCUGUUGGUGUCGCGCAAAGGACGUUGCGGCGAGUUUGCCAAUUGUUUUACAUUUUUGUGUCGUUGCCUUGAUUAUGAUGCACGUAUUGUUCAUCCGCUGUUCGAUCAUGUGUGGACAGAGGUCUAUUCCGAUACAGAAAAGCGUUGGAUACACGUUGAUCCCUCCGAUAAUGUUGUCGAUUCACCCCUAAUGUAUCAACAUGGCUGGAAGAGAAAUAUCGAUUAUGUAUUUGCCUAUUCCUGUGAUGACAUACAAGAUGUAACCUGGCGUUAUUGUAACAAUCACAAAGAAACUCUACAAAAGCGUCGUUUUUGUACGGAAAGUGAGCUGAUCGAAGCUUUAAUUACCAUACGUAAGAAACGACAGGCAAACUUGAGUGAUGAACGUAAGAAAAUGCUAAGUCAACGAUGUAUGGUUGAGUUGAUAGAGCUGACAUUGGAAAGGAAACCAACAGAAAACGAAUUGAAAGGCCGAAGUUCAGGUAGUUUGGCAUGGCGCCAGUCCAGGGGUGAACAUUCUUUUGAUAAUAUUUUUGAAUUCACUCUACUGGAAGAGGAAAUAAAUCAAAAACAGUUUAAUUUGCGUUACUCAUGUUCCACUGAUAACUAUGAACGUUACAUUAAAGAUUCCACCGGUCUUUGUCGCACAAUUUCCAACUACAAAACAUGGCAAAGCUGUCAGCAUUCGUCGAAAAAUAUUUUGCGUAAAGUGGAACGUGAUUGGAAAAUGGUUUAUUUGGCACGCCAGGAAGACAGUCCAUAUGGUGAAUUGGUGUGGAAAUUUAAUUUCAAUGAUACCCCACUAAAAGUGAAAUCCUACAAACUGACACUGGAAAAGAAGACAUUUGGUGAAGGCCAAGUGGAGGUGAUCCUAAGAGAUAGCCAAACCAAAGAAAUUCUCAAAACUUUGGUAAAUUGUAAAUCGUUUGAAAUUUGUGCCAAAUUAUCGGGUGGUAAGGGUGAUGUUGCCUGGCAACAUGCCCAACUGCUUCGUCAAUCGUUACAUUCAAGUGAAUAUCCUUUUGAGUUACAAUUAGAAUUUGAAUAACACAAGAGAAAAUGUGGUGCAAUAAAAGUAUUCAGUUUACAAUGUCAAUGAAGAAAGUUGACAGACAUUAUGAAAGAAAUAA